AUGUCUGUUGUGAACUAUGAUGAACAUAAGGAAUGUUCACCGUUGGUAACAUCACCUGUAGAACAAUCACAGUUUAAAUUUCGAGACCUUUCCCAAUUAAAUGAUCCAUUAAAUGCUUAUAAACUGCCCUUAUCAGUAAUUGGACAUAUUGAUCUUAAUGCAUUUUUCGCUCAAGUAGAACAGGUUAGAUUACAACUUACAUCUGAAGAUCCUGUAGUAUGUGUUCAGUGGUCUUCACUCAUUGCAGUCUCAUAUGCAGCUAGAAAAUAUGGGAUUGGGAGAAUGGAUAAUGUAUCCACCGCAAGACAGAAAUGUCCUGACGUAAUCCUUGCACAUGCAGCAGUUUUCAAAAAGGGAGAAAAGCAUUGGGCAUAUGUACCUGGACUCCCAUCACAAUUCACUCAUAAGGUCCUGCUUGAUCCAUACCGUAGAGAAGGAAGGAAAAUCAUAAAGAUAUUCAAACAAAAUUGUGAUAUGGUUGAAAAGGCAAGUGUAGAUGAAUCUUAUAUGGAUUUUGGUAGAUUAGUUUAUUUUAAAUUGAUGGAAUUAUUCCCCAAUGAAUUAUCAGGAAUUAACCAUCGAUUGAAUGAAACAAUGCCAUCAAUACCAACCAUAUUACCCAAGGAAUUACAAUGGGUGGGGGAAAUCGUCAAUAAUGAUGAGGAAGAGAAAUUAAAUGAACAUGAUAAUUUAGUCAAGGGUGGCAAUGAUGUAGAAGGUUAUAUAAUUAAAGAUUGGGAUGAUAUUUGUAUGUUAAUUGGAUCGAAAAUCAUUUUCGAUAUAAGAAUGGAAGUAUAUAAAAUCUUGGGGUAUACUACAUCCGGUGGGGUUGGACGUAAUAAAGUACUUUCUAAAUUAGCUGGUGGAUUGUUUAAGCCCGAUAAUCAAGCAAUAGUUAGAAACCUGCUGAUCAAUAGAUUCUUAAAUCAAUUUCAAUUGGUUGAUAUCACCGGGAUGGGGGGUAAAAUUGGAGAUUAUAUUCUGCAAAAAUUAGAAGUACCUACAUCAAGAGAUGUAAGUUCAAUUACUUUUAUUAGAGAAAAUUAUUCAAAUUUAAGAGAUAUUGAAAAUGGUUUGAAUAAUGAUUUACAAUUGAGUAAAAAAGUAUGGGAUUUAAUUCAUGGAGAUUAUGCAAAUGAAUUAACGCUUAAAAUCGAAUUGAAGUCUAUGAUGUCUCGUAAAAAUUUCCCUGGUAAACCUGUGACUACCUGGAAAGACGCAAAUGAUUGGAUAAUGGUAUUUGCAGGAGACUUGUACAAUCGUAUGAUUGAACUAGACGAUGAGAGUAUGAAUAUAUCCAUGCUGCAGGAAAAUAAAGAGAAGCCUAAUAUACGAAGACCGAAAACAAUAAGUCUUCAAUAUGGAACUGCAGAAUAUCAUACGCACUCCAAACAGGCAACAAUAGGAGUAUGCCGAGACUUGGAAAAAUUAAGAGAUAAUAUUGAAAUGAUGGCAAAACGAUUAUUACAGGAUUUAUUGGAUACAUUCCAAGGGAUGAAAGAUUUAAACGAUGGAAUUAAAUUAAAGGAUGCAAUAGAAAUGGGGAAAAUAGGAUUAAAGAUUCUUCCAUGUACUUCAAUGUCACUUACAAUAUCAAAUUUCUCUAAAACUAGUCAAACAAGUUUAAUUGACACUUUUUUAUCCAAAGAAUCAGGCCAUGUGGCGAAGGAAAACAAUACUGCACCACCGUCCUCGCCACAGGGCCUGUACAAAGAGUCCACUGAAAAACGAGGAAUGUUGAUGUAUGCAGAUGAGACUUUAAAUAACUGUACAGGUCUAGGCUCGCGUAAAGUUGACCUACCCCAAGCACCUACAAAUAAUUCAGGGAAGGAAAUCGCGGAGAAAGAUAAGGAGUAUAUUAAUUCAUUAUUCAAGGAAUUCAAUUCAGACAAUGUACACAAUGAGUCUCAAACAACCGAUUCUAUAUCAUCGUCGUCAACGAAAAAGACAUUGUUUACAAAGAAAAAUGGUGGAGGUAAGGGAAUUGUUGAUCAAUUGAAUCUAGCGGGUAAAAAGAAAAGUGUGGCCGCGAAUGGGAACGGGAGUCCGCUCGGAAGUACUCCUCUUGGCAAUAAAAAUCAGAGUAAUAUUAUUAAUGAUCUACAAGAAUCAUCAAUGCAUUCCAACCUUAAUUCUGAAAUCCCAUCGGAUUUAAUGGCGACCGGGAAAUGUUCUAGAUGUGGGAUAUCUACCAAUGAUCCAAUUGAACAUCAUGACUUUCAUCUAGCUAUGGAUUUGUCAAUGCGGUUGAAUGGAAAUAUCGAUCCUACUUCUCAAAAUACUAACUUUAACAAACCAUUAAAGUCCAAUAAAGUAAAACGUCGUAAACCCGAUAAGGGUCAAACAAAGUUACCAUUUUAA